UGUCUAUAUUUAAUACUUCAUGUAUACGUCUAAAGAUUCGAUGUGACGUGGAAUCUGAUAAAUUUUGCAAAAUUUGUUGGAAACUAAUCGAGGCCCCAGCGAGUUGGAAAAGGAAAUUCCAGCUCCACUUCCCGCAUGGAGAAUUCCCCACCACCAGCACCAGCAGCGGCAGCGCACCAGGCGACGCGGCACGAUCCCGUCCACCGCCCAGAGGACCCCGCGCCGAUGCGGCCGCCGUCGCCGCCGCGCCCGCCUGUCGCGUUCCCGACGCUGGACUCUCUGGCGGCGUUCCUCCGGCCGCGGCUCCCUCCGGGGGCGCUUGCGUCCUGGGGCGCCGUGCCGGGGACCAAGACCCUGUCGAACCUGUUCCUGGAGCUCGCCGUGGGCGACUGCGCGCUGCACGCCCCCGCCGACGCGGACCCACCGCCAGCGGCACCGCGGGUGGUCCGCGCCGUGCACGUGGCCACGGUCCGCAUCCGCAACAGCCGCGGCGCGCGCCUCGUGGAGACCCGGCAGCUGCUCUCCGACGGCACGGUACGGCGGCGCGGCCCGCGGCCGCUGUCCGAGAAGAUGCGGCCCGGAGAGUCCCCCGAGGCCGCCGCGGCGCGCGCCGUCCGGGAGGAGCUCGGCGCCCGCGCCCGCGUCCGGAUCCUCGGCGGGGACGGCGCGCGCGUGGAGGAGCGGGAGUCCGCGUCCUACCCGGGCCUCCCUGCCCGCUACGUGCUCCACGCGGUCGACGCCGAGGUGGUGGACGGCCUGCCCGAGGAUGGAGAAUUCGAGACCGAGGAGACCGGCGAGGACGACGGGGACGCCGGCGCCAUCACCGUGAAGCGCCACUACUGGGAUUGGAUCGACGACGACGACGACGGUGAUAGUGAGCGCAAGGAGGUUGCUGCGUCCGGCGCGCGCGCGCACUGAGGCUGCUCUGCUCCGUCAGUGGUGCAUGCCGAGCAACUCGAUGAAUUGAGAGGCGCCUGUGUCUCCUGAUGAUUUUGUUGGCAAUUUCUCUGCUUAGGAUCAGUUCAGUUCACAUGUAGGUUUGCAUUAUCAGAUCACAUUAUUGUUUCGGUUUCAGAGAUGAGAAAUCCUGAACUGCUCUCCCAAAACCUACCCAAUCAAGAACACAUCGAGUACCCUGCUCUGAAGUCUGAAGUCUGAACUCUGAACAUACGGAGUACUGUGCUGUAGGUUAAUGCCUGCACUUUUGUUGCUUAGGCCUAAGGCUUUGGCCUUGUUUAGAUGCACCUAAAAUUUUACAAGAUUCCCCGUCA